GCGAGGCAAGAUUCGACAAAGAUAAGGAAGAUAAAUAAAUAAGUGGAAAAUGUUGGAGCCCACCCUCGUGCCCUGGAAUAGGGGGCUCGGGAGUCCACACACCUCCUCCUCCUCCUCCUCCACCACCGCGCGCGCGCGCGCACACGCGCGGACUGUUCGUCGCCCCUAAGGCAGCGGCUGCUGCUGCUGCUGCUGCUCAGACGAGCGAUCCUUUUCUGCGGUGGUUUGGUGCCGUGGGGUUUUAUUGUUAUUGUUGUUUGGUUAUCCGCCUUAAAAAUAUAUAUUUCCCCUCCCCCCCCCCGCACACUUUUUGUGCUCCGGCUCGAGCGCGGUGGUUCACAGUGCAGAGCGAUCGGAGGACUGCAAGCGAGGCCGAGUUUGUAAAUUGUGCCUGGGACACGGACUCCCGAGGGGGGGUCCUGGGAUUCCACCCAUCCUGGAGACGCGUUCGCUAUCUCGGCAGCCGCCACCUCCUCCCAGGAUGACGCUCGACAGCCUGGAGAAGGUGAGCGUGUGCGAGGGGCACGUGCCGGGAGACGGGGGCAACGCCGGCGGGGAGGCGAAGCCCCCCAGCUCGGCGGGGACGUCGACCACCGGCGGCCACCACCACCACCACCACGCCCCCCACAAAGGCACGCUGACCGUGCCGCCGCCCUACUCGGCGGACGAGCGAGCGGCGCCGCUGGAGGCGAGGGAGCCGCUGGACUGCUGGGCGUGCGCCAUCCUGCUCACGGCGCACAACACGUGCGUGGCGGCGCUCAACCUACUCCUGCUGGCGCUCGUCUUCGGUCUGCUGCUGCUGCCCGCCAUCGUGAUGGUGUGGUUCGGAUUCUCGUGCCACUCCAGGAUGGUCCGCAUCCGCCUGCCGCUGUGCCAGGGCGUGCUCAACGACAACAGCUCCACGGCGCUCAUCAUCGUCGGCUUCGUGCUCAUGUCGCCCCUGCUCGUGCUCGCGCUGGCCGCCUACUGCCGCAUGGCCCGGCGCCUCCAGCUGGGCUUCUGCUUCCUGCCGUACAGCCGCGCCGUCUACAAACCGCCGCUGCCCGCUGGCCUCGCUGCCCCGCGCUGCCCGCGGCUGCUGGCGCCCUGCUGCUGCUGCUACUACACGCGCGGCUCGCUGUCGGGUGGCAGCACCACCCCGCAUGGCACGCGCUCCGUCUGGGUUUGAAUUCACCACGUGGUCUCCGGGGCGUUCCUCGGCUUAUCCUUCCCCCCCACCCCCUUUCGAUUCCCCCUGCUUUGCUCCACCCCUGCUGCCGCUCUCUCUCCCCGUCUCUCAUCUUCAUGCCACCCUCUCGUACCUCUUUUCCACAGUAUGACCGCGCCAUGCACGCCGAGGCCGUGCCGUGCCAGCCCGGUGUGGCUCAGGAGGCAUCUGGUUGAUUUUUUUUUCCCAUUGCGGAGGCCGAGCCGUGCCGCUGAUUUCACGCGCAAAUGAAUGCAUUGUUAACACCAGCACUGAGCGUGCUUGGCCCAGAGCUAUAUGUCUCGUGGGUCCUGGAUAUCACAGUUAUGGUUUUGGCUUGGCACAGCAAAUAGCCAGUGGAUUGAAACCUACACCGGGAGGCCCUCCCGUGGGCUCGGCUCAGAUGUGCCAGUGGAAAAUGGAUAUGAGCAGCUGCAUACGCUCGUGUUGAGCGAUUGGUGGGUGUAAAUGGCAUUCAUUUUUGUUGUUUUUGAGAUGGUUGGAUGAUUGUGUUGAGGUUGCUUUGUGGGGUUGGCCACGGGCCCGUGUGAAAUGAAUUAAACGGGCCCAAUCCCCCUGUUCAGUCUUCCCCUCUUCUUUUGGUAACUCGACGCCUGGGCCCCCUCCAGGCUGUGAGUUACGGUGCAGUUGCGCUGCCUGUACCCUCGAAAGCUACGCGACUGCUUUAGGAAGCGUGCUUUCCUUGGGGUUUUUCAUUUUGUUAUAAUGUCCCCCCUCCCUUUGUGGUUAAUUUCUAGAGAAGCACUGGUCAAGAGGCUGUUGAAUUUGUGGGUCGCUGCUUGAGAUUAUAUCACCGGCUAUGGUGGAGUGGAGUUUCAUGGUUUCAGCACCCUCACCGAUAACGGCGCACAAUUAUACCACGAAAGAUUUGUUGAAUUACAUUUGGCUGAGUUAAUCUCUCCAAAUGCUUACCACGCUUACCUAUCUAUACACUUGCAGACAGCACAGUUUGGAGAUCUUGGUCGGAUAAGUCCUUGAGGGAUGCCAGAUAACGGUCUGCCAUGUGUAUUUUGGUUCAUUAUACAAAGUAACGUAUUGCUUUGCUGUGUGUGGCCAAUCUUAUCAAUCUGGAAAUUUAUUUGCUUUGUGGUUACAUGCGAAAUCAGAGGUGGGAUGUAGUGAUUACUUUUUUUUUGUUCAACAUAAUUCAAUGCAGGUGGUAUACCAAAGCCGAAACUGGUCAAUUGUGUCUGGAUUAUAGCGAGUGCCAAUGUUUCUCUGCAGGAGCAGCCACCACAUGAUCAUGUUGCCAGCCUGGGUGCCAUAGUUGUGAGAUUAAAAUAAAAAAUACCCACAGAGCUUACAGGCAUAAUAGUUUGUAGGCUGCUCAUGUACAAUGUAGGCUUAUCAAUUAUUUUGCAAACAAAAUAGUAUAUAGCGAGCAGUCUUUGAUAGAUUUGGCCAAGUCGGUUAAAAAUGUAAUUAAAUUUGAUUGCUUCCAAAGCACAUAAAAACGUGUAUUUGCUAACCACUCAGAAAUAAUUGUCCAAAUCGAGUACGAACAUUCUCAUACACACAGAUUGUCACGAUUUGGAAUUCUAUAUCAACUAAAUAAUAUUGUUUUUAUAUUGGAGUAAAUUGUAGUGUAAGGGUUACACAGAUUCAUUACAUGCAGCAUCAAUAGAAAAUAAUCGAUUUGCAAUACUCUCCAUUGUGGUUGGACGAAUAACAGUAAAGUUGCAUUCAUAACCAGUUGAGAGCCCAUUGAGGCCAAAAUUAUCUUUUUCAGGGGUAACCUGGCUUCAAAUAGAGUCCUGAAUCACAAAAAAUCCCCACAAAGUACAAAAAAAAGACAAAAAAUGGAGCGCUAUGAUAAAAAUAAUUAACGUUAUCGAUAAAGAUGAGGUGAAAAUAAAUGCAACGGUUAAAUAUAAGACUUUUAUGAAUAAAAAAUUUUUGCCGUGCAGAAAAACUGGUGGCUAAUUUUCCCACUUCAUCUGUCCACGGUAUUUUAGAGGAAAUCUUAGGGUAAUUGGGGCUCACUUGUGGAUGGAAUGGCAGGCAAUUUGUUAAAAUGGGAUAUGGCUAUUUCCCCAGGUCUGAACUGCUGGCCCUUGUUAAAGCGUCCAUGCAUAGCCAGUGGCCUCUCAUGAUAACCUUAGGACAGGGGUCAUUGUGAAGGCAUUGUGCUUGGGUUUAGGGAGAAGACCGGUGGUGACAGCUGUACGGAUUCACGCGCACACUCGUUCUGACACUGAUGAAAUAGCGGGCGGAUUGCGUGUCCCGGGCAAUUGGCAAUCGGCCAGCCGUUAGAAGAAAACUGGAAGAAGUGAGUGUACAUACGUCAAUCAUUCUUACUGUGAACUUUCAGCAUCUUGGGCAAUCUCCGUUGACAGAGGACAAAACGAGAAUGACAACACGGGCAACAGCAACUGACUACAGCGAUCGCAAUUUGUUACCGAGUGCUGAUGAUGUCCCAGAUGGACACACAAACAGAAACCACCCGACCAAAACCUCACACAGGGCCCUUUACAUUUCACAGUCCUCUCCAUGUUGUUUGGACUGCAUAUUGUCAAAUUAAUUAGUGACGUUGGCCUUGACUGAGAUGAGCAAGUGUGUGACACUCUUUCUGAGAUUAUGCAUCAGUCGGGGAGACUGAUGUUGUGCGUGCGAUGUUUGGCCCGCUGUUCGACGUUCUGCUGCACGUGCUGGGAGCCUCCUCAAGAAAAUUCCUGAAGAAGCUCCCAGCACGUGCAGAGAAACGUCGGACACCGUGCCGAACAACGUGCGGCACAACCAGAAAACACGCCUGAGAGCUCAUUGGUUUCUUAUAGCCGCUGGAUGUCAGAAUCUCAAGCAGCAGUGCCCUAAAUGUAUUCCAACUUAACUUCAUUUCCGAGAGAUGUUUUGGAGCGUGCGAGGAAAAAGCAGUUUGUAACGAGGUGCGGGAAAGAUAAACCAAUGCCCUUGAGCUCAACUUCCAUUCAGAAUUUGUGUUGUUGUUGUAAAAUAGAGACGCUGAAUCAAAAGAACUGCUGCUCUUGCGAAACGGCAAAUAGAGGCCACGUACAAGUAGGGGCCGUUUAAAAGCCACCGACACCGUGAAGGAUUGCACGAGAUUCCACGUCGGUUAUCUCCAUUGAAAUGGGUUGGCGAAAUUACGUUCAUGUGUUUCCGGAGUGUGCUUUUAACAAGAGAAGUUUUCGCUUUCGUACAAUUGAUAAACGCUUGCAGUGUUUCUGCUCACGUGACGUACGGCUGUCAUUCUAGGAAAUCGCAUUAUGCAAUGUUGUUUUUAUACUCCAUUUAGAUUUUUUUUACAUCACGGAAAGUCGCAGCGCAUGAAUGCAAAAUUGUCGUUGCUGCCAACUCGAUGAUUGUGCACGGCUGUAGCUGUAUUAAGAAUUCCACAGAGGCUUUGCAGACCUGAAGGGAGACGCAACCUGAAAAAUAAACUGACGUUAUUAUUCACGCUUUUCCAAUUAAGGUUAAUUUGGGCAUUUGCUCUGUCCAAUCUACCUUGUCUACUUGUCUGUCACAUGGGGGACACUAUAAGGCUUGCAAGAAAGUGCCAAUGUUGUGUAAAGACGCCACAGGCCACUUGAACGGGUUUUUCAUCCAUUAUUUUACGUCUCGCAACAUGAUACCGCGAGGCACCACGGUGGCGAGAUAUUAACUACCUCGCCUGGUAUACAGGAGGUCAUGGGUUGUGGGCUCGAUUCUGACCCUGACAGUGCCUGUAUAUUUGGAGUUUUGCAUGCUCUCCCCGUGGUCGCGUGGAUUUUUCUCCGGGCGUUCCGGUUAUUCCCUCCACAUUUAGAAACGUGCGUUUAGAGCAUUUUGCCGCGAAUAAAUGUACACGUGAUAAGCCACUUCGUUGAGCUAUUAUUUGUGGCCAGGUGGAUUCUGAAAAAGAACUAUAUAGCUCAGUGGGCCUUACCUGUUAAAAUAAAAAAAAAUAGUUUAAAUAGUUUUCAAUGAUACUGAUAGAGCACAGGGAAUAUAAAAAAAACAAUAUUUAGAAUAGUUACAGUAUCCAUACCACACUCGAGUGCACAAUAGCAGCUCUUUCGAAUGCCACGAGACCGUAAAUUUCACCUCUUUUUUUUCUCACGAGCAAACCUUGGGAUGCUUGAGAAAUGAGUCAUUUUUUUAGGUUGUGUCUUCCUACAAUGGAAUGAAGACAUGCCAUGGUAAAGUCUGCUUCAGCUUUCCCAAAUCUUUACAGCCGACACCAAGGCAGGCACUGACCAGUGAAAAUGGAUCCCCAGGUUAAUGUGAGCACCGGGAAGACACGGUUGUGAGAUUGGCUUUGAUCAAGUUCAUUCUUGCAUUGGCAUUAGUCUGCGUUGAGUGCCACAGAGGGUAAAUGGGGUAACAACGGCAGGCAUGCCGAAGCCCUUUUGUAAAGUCCAGUGGGGUCUGGUGUGUUUCAGUGCUCUCCCAAUGCACUAAUGCACUUUCCAGAGCUUCAUUUUACCAGAUAACAGACAUCAAGAUAUAUAUUUUUUUCUGUACCAUGUUCACCUUAGAAAUAAAAUUGCCAAAAGCACUUAAAAGUGACACUGGUAAUAAUUUUAGGAAUGUAAUUCGUGCGCGAAUCACUAACUUUAAAAAAAGUCGAAUACUUUCAUACUUGUUUGAGCCUUGUGACUAUUUUUUUGUGAGAGCCCACUAAAUUGAACAUAUACAAAUGAGCUAGUGUAUUCUGUUGCACUGAGAGGGCGUUUUCGACCAAUUAUAGUGGCAUAAGAAAGUAGAAGCCACCCAGACAUUCAUAUUCGCCAAUGACCAAACCGUCUUAAAUACUUUGACUUAAAGCUUUCGUGACUGCAGGAAUUCAUAUUCUUUGGGUCUUUCGGUAAAGUCACGUAGAUAGGUUCAAAGAAAAUGUCAACCUAUCUACGUGACGUUACCGAAAGACCCAAAGAAUACGUCUUAAAUACGCCUGAUCGAGAUAGGUCUUCGAAGCCAAUAUGAAAGUUGAGCCUACGUUAAAGUACUUAGAUGGUUGACCAGCAUGGCUUGCCAGAUGUUGUAGGCGCGGGGCUGCCAGGAGAUGGAAGCAUUGAGUAUUAUCCCCUCAUAUGUUGUGGGUUUUCUCCGGGUACUUCCGUUACCUUCAACAAGCCUAACAUUCCCAAUGCAGGAUCUUUGAAAGAUUGGUGCCACACCAAUAUACAUGGGCCACUUUAUAAGGAUACUUUGUUGACCGGUAAACGUGCCAUCAAGCGCGGCCCUGCUUGGCAAUGUUUUAUUUUCCUCAAUCUUAAUUCGAAGUAUAUUUUGUUGGUUCAGUUUUACUUAAAAGUAUAUCAGAUUGGUAAUGAAAAAAUAUAUAUUUGAAGGAUUUACUAUAUAUUUUUUAUUUUAAUGAUCGCUGUGGAUUAAACAAAAAGUUUUCCUUUGAACCUUGUGUCUCAUUCACGUAAUAGCGGAAAGGCAGUUUUACCGUUAUUUAAUAUCAAUGUUUCGGCGAUUUGGCUCAUUUCUCUACCAAAAAUGUGGUUUCUGACAACUCAGACCUUGCAUUGAGCAGAGUGGAGGCCCUUUCUGAGCCCAUUUCUCCCACUUAGUCUUGUGCCGUUCUGUCACCUAUUCAAUUUUUGCCAGUCAACACAGGUGAGACAGUUUUAUAUCAUUGACGUUUCACUGGAGGCUAUUGGUAAGCAUGUCACCCAUAGGGAUGUACAAGCAGAAGAUUUGCGAACUGAGAACAUACCUUAAAUACCGUAAUCCAAAUAAAUACUUUGGAUGAUGUGAAUGAUUAUUAUGCAUGUACCAAUUAACUUUCCCUCUAGUAUCGAUUAAUUAUCAUGAUUCAGGGUCACGAUUCAAAUAAAGAAUCGAUUAUGUGUUUUUUUAUCGUUAGCUUUGUGGUUUGGAUUGUUUUAUAAAAAGGUGUGUUUGCUUCAUUACCUUAAAUGUAACAUUAACAUAAGAUGUCCAUUUAUUUUGCAUACAUACAUAAUCAAAUCUUACACGCACGGUAUGAUGAACGUAUCGGGAGCUUAAUAAUCAAUUUGAAUUAAUGAAUCUAUACAGUGUUACAUGCCGAAUUAUUACAAUGAUUAUAAUCUAUGUAUGAGGUGUGAUGUAUGCUGCAAGCCAAAGGGUAAAGACUGAACAUCUGCAUUAUAUAUCCUUCCCCCGCUUAUCCUCAGUGAUCCUUACUCAUAAAUCCCCAUCUAUAUAUAUAUUUUGCUUCAUAUAUAUUUUUAGUUUUAUUUGCAGCUCUGUGCUUUGUACACACUUCGAGCCAGCACCACAACCCAGCAAAAAAAAGACAUUUAAGUGUCAAUUUUUUAUUAUUAUUUUGACUGGAGAAUGUUGACACGUUUGAGGCAGCCUUGCACAUGCACAUAUACAUAUACUCCACCAGUGUCUGGCAUUAUUCAUGGCUUCCACGCGUGACAUUUACUGCAUUGACAUCGCUAAGUCAUUGUGAACGUGCAUGUUGCAAGGCGUUGGGACCAAGUUCAGAGAUUUGCUCAUUAUGAACGGAUGUUAUGAUUAUAUGAUGUGCGUGUUUGGCAUCGGAGCAACAACUUUUAUUUUGAAGAAAAUAAAGAUUAAAAAUUUCACUCGUAAAAAAAAAA